AUGGAGUCUUGGUUUUGGGUUCUUGGCUGGUUUCUGUCCAUUCUGACAAUAACUGGAAAUGGAUUUAUUAUAUUCCUUGUGUGCAAAAAACGACAACUUCGUACAAAAACCAACGCGUUUGUGGUUUCACUUGCAGUGGCGGACCUCUUCAUUGGGAUAACUGCUGUUCCUUUGCUCUUUUCAUACGAGGUGACAAGAGAUCGCAGCUAUUCGCAAGAUUUAAAAAGGGCUGAAUUGAUUGUACGCUGGUUGUUUCAAGAUGCCUCUGUGGUGUGCCUGUGUAGUUUAGUACUGGAGCGCUAUAUUGCCAUCGUGAAGCCUUUCAAAUAUGUGACUCUGAUGACUCGCCGGCGAGUUGUCCAAAUGAUUUUUGUGCCUUGGACAAUAACUGUCAGUUUUAUUUUACUAGAAUCGUCACUUUGGAUAGGUUUAAAUUCAACCACCAUACUGAAAAUAUUUAUUUGGUUUGUUAUUCUUUUUUAUGAGUUUCUCCCAUGCUGCGUGAUUAUCUUCUGUCUAAUUUCCAUGUUCCGUGUUGCAUAUAAACACAAUCGAGCAGCCGAUAUUUUAACUCGACAGUUACGUUUCAACCACCGCGUUUCGUAUAAACCUUAUGAGAAGUCCGGGGUAAUAUUGAUGACAAUCGUAUCAAGCUUCUUUCUUGCUUACAACAGUCUUAAUAUACGCUGUGGCGUUUUGUAUAUUUUGAACAAAUGGUGUUUAGAUUCGACAUACAAGAUACCUACGUUUGUUUGCAACUCUGCCGUUAAUCCGUUGGCUUAUGCUUUUUUCAAAAGGGACAUAAAAAAGGAGAUUACCAAACUGAUGUACAAA